CCGACGUGAACGCACGUCAGUUACCGAUCCUGCCCGGUAUCCGCGCGGGAAACAUCAUGAAUUAAACAGUCACGAAAAAAAUUAAAAUACUGCAUAACAGGGGUUCUGACUCUUUAAUAGUGUGUCAGUGAAAUUAUUUUGGAUUUUCUGGACAAAAACAGGAGUUUCGCUUCUAAUUUUCUGUUGUCUGAGAAUGCUCCUGUGCCGAGUGACCAGUGCGGGGUGAGGUGAGGGGGAGAGAUGACCGCCCCCGAGCCUUCAGUGCUCCAAGCGCUGCAGGGGUACACACAGCUUAGCGACAAGUGGCCUGGACCUCGUGCAGUCAAGAUAUUUGUCGCCUCCGUCUACAAUGACUUCCGCGAGGAGAGACGGCAGAUACUUGAAAUGGUGGGGCCGGAGCUGCAAUCCACUUAUGACGAUCGAUAUAUCGAGGUCGAUUUUGUGGACAUGCACUACGGCACCGAUGGAGGGGAUGAGGCAAACCCGGCGUUGCUUCGAUACUACCUUCAGGAGAUCAAAUGCUGCAGCCACACUUCCAAAGCUGGAUACUUUCUCUGUCUCCUCGGCGGCGACCCGUCAUCGUACCAGCCAGUGUUGCCAUUCACAAUCAAGCCAGACCUAUUCACGGAGCUUGUCAAGUCGGACACUGCGCAAGCGGCUCUUAUACGAUCAUGCUAUAGACUGAAAGAUGACGGGUCUUAUCAUUUAGAAGGGGACGACAAAUGGUUCAGCAAUUUACAAGAAAGAGAAGAACAAAGAAGUCGGCUAUCAGAUAUUCAAAAAGCUUUCAACACGUUAGUGUUGGAUGCUAUAGAAAGAGGCGUGGAAGCUUCAGAUCUCCUUAGAAGUCCCGUCGAAAUUCAGUGUGAAUUAGCUUUAGAUCUUUUGGCAAAUAGUCCCCAUCCUAAAGGUGUGAUAGCCGUAUUUAGAGAUGUUCAGACAGAGGGUGACGAUUCCAAACUGGAGGUUCUGGCUAGCACAAGAUUAAAAUCCUUGAAAAAGAAGUUCGAAGAUGCUUUGCCGGAAAGCCAUAUCAUCAAAUUAGAAUCACUGUCAGCGGAAUCGUCGCGGACCGACGCAGGGUCUGACAGUGAGGAGAAGUUGGCUCCGUUCAGGGAGCAAGUUUUGGCUGCGGUGUCUUCGCUGGUCGACGACAGUCUUAGCACUGAGCCUGAUCAGGGGAAAGGAAGGAAAAAGACUGUACAGGAAGUGUUUCUGGAGCACAUCACUCAUCUUAGGAUAUGUAUAGAACAUAAUCGUAUGUAUAAAGUAACAGUUAAGCAAAUUGAAGACACAGCUAAAAGUAUACUAAAUAAUGCUAAGGAAAAUUAUGAUAAUCGUGCGCGGCAUCCUCCCGUUUUAAUACACGGGCCUGAUGCUUCAGGAAAAAGUACUUUAUUGACACAUUUGUAUUACAAAUGCGAGGAAAUUUUCGAUAAACCUGUCUUGAGAGUGAUAAGAUUUUCGGCUUCCACCCCGAGAUCGGCCUACAAUUUAGAACUUCUUAGAGUUAUGUGCCAACAAAUAUCGAUUAUCCUGAACAUUCCAGAGGGAUACUUGCCAAAAGACGCGAGUUUUGAUCCUUUGUACAUAAACAAUUGGUUCCAAAGUCUUUUGAGGAGGUGCGAAGAAAUGGAAAAUGAGAUUUUGUUGAUAUUCAUCGACAACGUUCAUAGAGUGAAUCCUUUAGAAUGUGAUAUUGUUACGGGUUUAUCAUGGCUGCCGAUGUCAUUGCCACGAAAUGUGUUUCUUGUAUGCACAAGUGCGGUGUCUUUGGACCAACUACAGUUGACCCCGGCUCAGAAAGAGAAAUUCAAGGUGCAGAAUUGUUAUUACAUGUUAGAUGCUAUUGAAGAGACCCCGGAAAAUCUAAGCUAUGGAGACUAUAUCGAUGGUGCCUUUGAUAAUUUAGAAGUCGUCUUCGGGUCGAAAGCUUUUAGUAAAUUAGCAAGCUACAUUACUUGUUCGGAGUUUGGCCUCACGGAACUAGAACUUUUGGAACUCCUGAUGCCAACUACCAACAGCGAGGCGGUUAUAACGCUGAAAGACGCCAACUUCAACUUUUCUACUUUAUGUGUCGCCAAAUAUAUGAUGAAAAGUCUAAUCAGCGAGAACGUGGUAUCGGGUCGCUGCACAUGGCGCUGGCGGGCAGCGGCGGCCGGCGCACGCGCACGUAGGCGAUACGUCAGAGUGCAAGCCGCGCUAAGAGACGCGCAUUCUGAUCUAGCCGCCUUACACUUUGCUCACUUCUUGAAUGAUACGGAUGAAAAUGAUAUGAGUGAUGCUCAAGAACCAGGUUGCGUUGACGACGAUGAUGCUCUCCUGGACUCGACGCCCUUCCACUCCGCCAGCAGAACAGCGGCCGCGUUCACUCAGCGCCAUGUUGAGGAAUCUUGGUUACAUUUGCUAUUGGCCGGCGACUUCUCAAAACUGAAAGACCUUACAGUUUGCAACUUCGAUUUCUUGCUGGCUGCGGUGCAAACAGUGACUAUAUCGUAUCUCCGCUGCAUCCUGGAGCACGUGAGAUGUUACAUCCUGGACCGGGACGUGGAGCUGGUGUACGGAGCUGUGAGGAAGGCCAGCGACAUCCUCACUAGGGACCCCAUGCAGCUUGGAGCCCAGAUCAUCGCCUGGCUGCGACCAGCGGUAGCUCGUCGUGGCGUGCUGGCAACCCUGGUGACUGCAGCUAUGGCCUGGUGCGACGGAUACGACAAACCACUCCUUGUACCACUCAAUGGCUGGUUACAACCACCCAUCGCAUCUACAGUGAGGGUCGUCUCCGUGGGUUCUUCCACUCCAGGCGCCGGUGCCAGGCUGUUGCAACUGGCGCCAUCUGGACAACACCUAGUCUUAGCUCCUUCAUCAGGGGACCCUCAACUGUGGCACGUCAUGUCUAACUCAAGAGUACAUACGUUUAAAGGCCAUUCCGGGAGGAUCCUUUGCAUGUGCGUGACCAGGGAAUCUCAGUACCUGCUUACUGGAUCGGAGGACACCACCGUUAUCGUCUGGGACCUUCACACUUUGGCAGUCAAGACUAAGAUAUUGGAGCAUAUAGCACCGGUCUUAUGUGUGGCGGCCAUAGUCAACAGAUCUCUUGUUAUCAGCGGAGGAGAAGAUUCCGCAGUCAUCGUCACUUCUUUGGUAGAUGGAGCUUUGGUUACAAAACUUGACCACCAUCGUGGUCCAGUGACAGCCGUAAAAGUGAUCCAAGAUGGCGAGAUCCUAGUCACGGGCUCCCAAGACGGCACCGUCUGUACUUGGAACGUGGAUAACUUCACUCUCCUUAGCACCGUGACGGCUGGCGUUCCGAUACAAGCAAUGGAGAUCACUGACGACAACGUGUUCCUUGUCACGCUGCAAGGGGAAACGGAACUACAUUUGAGAACUUUUAUUACUGGAACGUAUUUGCAUUCGUUGAAGAGACAUAAAACUAAGGUGAAAUGCUUCUGCGUGGCCCACGACUCGUCUCGGGUGGCCGUGGGCUGCGCAGACCAGCGUAUCUACGUGUACAGCAUGCACAGCGCUCAGCUCCUGCGCACGUUAGCCGCUGCGCACGAUUUGGCGGCGUUGGCGGUUGCAGACAGAGACCAUUUCUUGUUGGCCGCUGGCGGCAAUAGGGUCACAAUUUAUUCCUUCCACACGGAGGACAACCUCACUAACUUUAGGCCGACGAAGCAGAUUAAGAGACGGCAAACGAAAUCUACAACGAAUAUAACACUAUUACAGGCGGAACAAAGCGAACUCAUACCUAUUAGCUGUCUGGAAGUAUCUCGAGAUGGCCAGUUAGCCGCCAGCGGUUGUGCCCGCGGCCUGGUCAGAGUCUGGCAGCUCUCCACCCACAGAUUGCAAACCACGCUCAACGGCCAUCUUGGACAUAUAACCUGUGUGACGUUCUCACCAAACAAUCUGCUGGUACUGAGCGGCUCCGAGGAUAGGAAGGUCGUGGUUUGGCAGCUGGCUGAUAACUCGCCCUCGUUGACUUACAAGGGUCACCCGGCAGCUCUCCAGUCCUUGCUGAUGAUGUCAGACGGGCGACGGGCGAUGUCCGGAGACCGCGCCCGGAACGUUCACGUGUGGUUAGUGGACUCCGGGAUCGUGUUGCAUUCCACCACCGGACCCACGGCCACUUUGAAUGUCACGCUCAAUAUGAAAUACUCUGUGCUCUCAGACGGUGACAAUUCAGUCCGCAUCUGGAAUUUGACCGGCGGUGAGGGCGGAGAAGAGAAGCGGUCAGUCUCCCACGCGGAGAGAAUUACGUGCUUCGCGCUCACGGCUGAUUCACAACACGUGGUCACGGGGUCAAUGGAUAUGUCCUUGAAAGUGUGGAAAUUGGACGGCGGGAAACUGUCCCAGGUGUUAGUCGGUCACACAGACAUCGUCACCUGCGUCGCCAUUUCCAUCACCAACAAGACCCAAGUGGUGUCUGGGUCGUGGGACUGCAACCUCAUUGUGUGGGACAUCAACACCGGGUCAGACCUCCACCUGCUCUCCGGCCAUCUUGGCAAAGUCACCUGUGUCAAGGUUACUGGUGACGGAACUAUAGCUGUUUCUGGUGCUGAAGAUAAGACCCUCAUUAUCUGGGAAACGAAGCGUGGGCUCGCUCUGACGUCACUGGCGUUGCAUGUCCCACUGCUGGGCUUCCAGAUCACUAGCGACUGCGCGAGGAUUGUUGUACAUCUUCUGGAUAGAGGGUGCUUGCCAAUCAUCUGCCUGCACAAUACGACGGCAACCUACGUCAAGAUACCAACAUAUACUGCUCCUACUAAAGACGUUGAUGAACUCCGACCGUUAGCUCCGAAGCGACCAAUGAGGCGGCUGCUCAAGAAAGAAGUAUCCCUCGACACUUACACUUGGCAAAAGAAAUAUGGACACCUUACAUCGGCGGCAAUGAUGGCGCAAGUUGACGAGAGACUCAAAAGAAGAUUUUCUGUAUCAGCUUCGAUGGAAGAAAUCUCAAAAAUACAAGAAGCGAAGAAUAAGGACCUAGGUUCACAGGUGAGCUUAGGUCCGAAGGAAGCAGCUAUUGCUCAAUCACAACAUUUUGAUCAGCUGGAAGCCUUGUGGAACAAAAUUUCACCACCGAGACGACGUUCUAAUAAGUCACUAACCAAACAAAGUUCAUUAAUCGAAAGUAGAUUCGAUUCAUCUGAUGAAGAGCAUACUCCCGUCGAAGAACAAGAACAUAUGGUCGAGUAAGAGAAGACUUAAAAGAAGGUAAUUCUUGUAUUUAGACAACCUCAGUAGAUUAUUAUUUAUUUUUCAUGAGCUGGUCUCAAUUUUAUUUUGUAUUAAUAAAAAGCGUUGAUUAAUUAUUUUUAAAUUCCCAUUUGAAGCAUAUCUUGUACUGAGAUAAGAAUAUUUUUUUUGGAUUUGCUGUCGAAAAUCAUAAUGAAAUAAACAUCUAUUAUUUGUUCGGGAUACGCAAUAUUUAAAAAUAAGUUUUUAUAAGUAACGUCAAAUUUUUUUUUAUUAUUUUACAGAAAUUAAUUAAUGUAACAACUUAUAACUUUUUUUAUAAUAUCUUGUUUAUUUAUUUUGAAUAGUGAUGCCCAAAAUUUAUAGAAGUUAAUAUUGCACUGACGCAUAAGGCUAUAUUAUGUUAACUGUCCCAUGACAGUAUUACCAUUAAUAUAACAUAAAUAACAAAGUAGGGAAAUCAGAAGUAUUUCUCGCUGCGACACGCGCGGAUGUUUAUGUUUCUUUAAGAGUGUAAAUAGAAUUUGUAGUAUUAAAUCUCCUGCCUGUAUGCCAUGUGAUCUUCUAGGUGUAGCUUCUAUUUCUAAGGCCGGCUUCGAAUCUGAAAACUUUUAUAGAAAAUAAUUGGAAUAUUUCAAUACAUUUGUUUCAAAAGGAAACCAGUUUUACGUGCACUUUCUAUAGAACAAAAAAAAUGUAAUGUCGUAGACUGGCCAACUAUUUUAUAUAGGUAAUUACGUAUAUACCUACCUACUUCUUAUAUAAUAAAAAUAUAUAUCUACGUGUACAACAUUAACUUUCAAAUUGAGUGUACAAGUACGUACUACAAGUAGGAAUUUUCAGGAAUUAUACCUAUGAGGAGGUAUUUAUAAUAUAUAAAAGUUGACAACUUUUUUAAUGCUCACUCAUUGAUUUUUUACUACUCGUAUUUUGUUAUACCAAAAUACAUGCAAUUUAUUGGAAUAUUGAGAAAAUAUCUCUUCAAUUAUAAAUCACUAGAGGCCGCCCGCGACUUCGCCCGCGUGGAAUGCCUAUCGGUCAGUCAACAAUCGGUCCCGCAGAAACUCCGGGAUAAAAAGUAGCCUUUGUGUUAUUCUAGGUCUUCAGCCACCUACAUACCAAAUUUCAUCGUAAUCGGUUCAGUAGUAUUUGCGUGAAAGAGUCACAUACUCACAAACUUUCCCAUAUUAUAACAUUAGUAGAAUACAUUUUCUUUACAAUACACUUUUUUAAUUCAUAAUUUUUUUCAUAAUCUGAAUAUUUAUCAUCAUAAUUGUCACCGUGCCGUGUGGUUCCCGGCACCAAUACAAAAAAGAAUAGGACCACUCCAUCUUUCCCAUGGAUGUCGUAAAAGGCGACUAAGGGAUAGGCUUAUAAACUUGGGAUUCUUUUUUGGCGAUGGGCUAGCAACCUGUCACUAUUUGAAUCUCAAUUCUAUCAUUAAGCCAAAUAGCUGAACGUGGCCAUUCAGUCUAUUUGAGAUUGUUGGCUCUGUCUACCCCGCAAGGGAUAUAGACGUGACCAUAUGUAUGUAUGUAUAUGUAUGUAUAAUUGUCACUUACCAGAAUUAACUUUGUUUUGGUCACAAAACUAUUAAGUCAGGUAUUUCGGUACAAACAAACUUAUAUACUUAUAUCCCCAUGUGACUAUGCUUCAAUCACAACGUGAUCUAGCUUAUAAUUAAAUAAUUGUAAUUUCUUAGCGUAGAUUAUAAUAUCCCCGCUAAUUUUAAAAACUAGAGUUUCCGAACUGUGAUCCCUUGUAAAGACUUCUAUAUAAGUACACAUGAUAUUCAAAUCCUUAUGAUAAUGUUAGUAUAAUGUCUCAUAGAUUAUUAUAUUUGUGUAUUUCACUCGGAGAUGGUCCUUUUACAUGGAUUCCAUUGACAAUAUAAGGCAUAAGUUUUAAUAAAUUUAAUAUUAACAGGAUAACAUUGUUUUUUGUGUGUUCACCGCUUUUGCUGUUAAGCUUUGACAUUUAAUAUACAAAAAGUAUUUUAUUUACACAUUAUACAAAAUUAACUGAAAAUGUUGUAUAGUUUUUAUUUUGGUAAUGUUAAGUUCACAGCUGUAAAUCAAAAGUACUUAAUAGUGUUAUAUUAUUUUUAUUAUUUCUUAUUGACGCUUUUGUUUGAUUUGCAAUGAAAAAAUUAAUACCUAUCUAAUUCAAAUGUUUUAUCAAUAAAAGGAAAACAAUACUGUAUGUAGUAUACUCUGCAAGUAGAAUAUUUUUAAUGUUUAGAAUUUUAAUUAAUGUUGUUAGUCGUUAUAAUAGCAAAUGCAAUAAUAUUUCGUAAGUAGUUGCACUUACUCGUAGAUAAUUUAUCGUAGUCUAAGUAAAACUGAAAUUGCAGCACACUUUUGGUAUCAAUUACACGAGUCUUCUUUAGCUGAAAAUAUUGUAUAGUUUUUAUUUUGGCAAUAUAAACAAAAUUAAGUGCAUAUUGGUGUUUAAAGUGAAUUAAAUUUGUUUUUUACAUAAAUAAAAUUUGCGAAUCUUUUACUCCUUGUAUGUCUUUUCAAUACGAAGAAUCGAAUCGAAUUUCUACAUUUGCCACUCUGUUUCUCCCAUAAUUGAUAUCAGACUAUAUACUGGGAUGGAUAUGACUAUAUGGUAUUUGUAGGCUGUAAUUCCUACAAGACACUUUUCACCCUAUGAUUUUCCAUAUCAUAUAAAGUUGUGUUGAAACAUGUAAAACAAUAUAAAAAUGAACAAGUUUUGAAAACAAAAUAAUAUUUCUAAUCUCUAAUGUAUACCUUCCUUACAACAUUGCAAUAUCAUCAAUCGUGCACAUCUUUGGAAAUUUUAGCUCAAUGUAGGUCAAAUUUGACUUGCAAGAUUUGAUUACAGACAGACAACGCGGCAUUUGCAGUACAGUUGAUAUUAAAGAACUAUCAAUAUUUUCUUUUACAUUAUUUAAACAUUUUCGUAUCAGAGUUUUAAACGCAACUUUAUAUGAAAUUUCAAAUUAUUUCCUUUACAUACUUUUCAUUCAAAUAUAACUUUGUACUUAAUUGUAUAUGUAAUAAUUUUGCCCUGAAGUGCGCUACGCAAUCUUCAUUGUCAUCGUUACACUGUCACCUUGUUAACUAUUGUAUAGAGUUUUAUAUUAUCAUUUCUUAAUUCUCACGUGGGUGAGUUUUAUUUUUGACCUGUCGUGAUAUAUCUGGAAAAUAUAUAUUCUCUGUGUUUCUUAAA